ACAAAAUGCAGCUGCUUGAUAAAAAAAACGCAUUCAACAGGGGGAAAUAUAUCUUUGUUUCAAUCUUUAAUUUAGUUCCAUGACAAAUAUGUGAGUUUAUCUGCAACUCGGUUAUUUGCGAUUAGCGUUAGCGUCUACUCUAACAAUGACACUAUAUGCUAUAUGUCAGCAAAAGAAUAUUAAGCUUACUUCAUAUUCUCUUGAUGUCAGUUAUCAUACUGAUAAGCAAGUGUGGCUGUAAAUAUUUCUCUCUUUCAUACCCGGAAUCUAAUGUGAACUUGAAUCGAAUGUUCUACACUCAAAGCGCAAAGCUAAUAUCAGUAAAAAGAACUGUGGGUUAGCGAAUAUAUGUUGGGUAAAUAAAAUUAUAUGAGUUGAGGCUCACAUGCGAAGAACUUGAGUCCCCUUAUUUAUACAUGUCUUCAGUACGUAUUUAUUAUCUUUUUUGUUUCUUUCAUCCUUUUUGGUCCUUUUCAUUCAUCUAGGAAAGGCAUCUGCUUUGCUCAYGCACUCCUGCAAUUUGCGAUCAAUUUCUGUUUGUUCAAAGUUGACAGGUACUGGUGUUAAUUUGUUUUUAUGAAACAUAUUUAAGAGUAAUGCAUUUCGGGAAAAAAAAAACCAGAACUGAAAGUAAACGCGAAAAGACUGGAGUAGCAUUAUAGAGAUCAAAUCCCAUUCAUUGAAAUCAUGGGUACUUUAAUUCUUUCGAGCGUACUCWUGAAAAGAAGCCUUCAGAGCGUUGCCUUGGAAUCUACUGCAAUGGGGUUCGUUUUCCUUUUGGGCCUUCUUGGAAACACUUUAGUUUUCUGUGCCAUCAGGCGAAAUCCGCGUCUUCGGACCAUCUCUAAUAUGUUURUGUUUGGUCUAGCAGUGAGUGAUAUCUUAAUGUCUGCUCUGUGUAUGCCUCUUUCAUUAAUAACACUAAUACAUGGUCAGUGGAUUUUUGGGGGCACGGUUUGUCAAGCUCAUGGCUUCUUUGUGUUUACCUUGGGAUUGGCUUCCCUUCAUAUGAUGGCUUUAGUCUCGAUAAAUCGUUAUUUCUGCAUCCUAAAACCAUCGAAGUACCAGAGUCUAUUYAAAAAGCGUCGAACCAUCCUUCUUAUUUUCAUUGUCUGGGUCGACGCUUUGGUUGGUUCUAUUCCUCCCCCCUUUUUCAACUUUGGGGGCUACUCUUUYCAGCCGGGAAAAGCCAUGUGUCUCUACGAAUUUGAGAAAAAUAUUCUCUACACGGUGUUUAUCGAAGUUCUCUUCAUAGGAACUCCCUUAUGUGUUAUUGCUCUGUGUUACACGUUUGUGUUCAAAGAGGUAAAUCGCACUAACAAAGUUUUUGUCAAUGAUGAACUCRGCCCAGAAGAACUUCGUGCUCAUGUCAAGGAAGCAAAAAUAACAAAGAGACUUGCAGCUGUAUUCCUGGGAUUUGCAUGUUGUUGGAUACCAGUGAGCGUGAUCGAUUAUAUCGAUGCGAUAAAUGGCUCACCGCUCUUAUCAAGACAUGUCUACCUAGCGUAUGGAUUUCUGGUGUACAUCUCGAGUUUAAUCAAUCCAAUUAUCUAUGGGAUUGCAAGUAGAUCGUUUAGACAUGAAUGCAAAAGAAUGUUUAGAAGCAUUUUAUGUAAUUCUUCAUACUGUAGUAAACCUGUACUUMAACCUGGCAACUCUGCCUUUAAAGAAUCGACGUGAACACAAACGACAAAGCCACAUAUUCGACCAUCUUGAUACUCAGUUGUGGUUUGGAAAAAACUUGAAAAAUAAUAAAUAUAAAGAAAGAUGCUACUUAUUUGCACUAGCUGUAUAUAAUGCUUGGACGAUAGUGACUGAUGGGGGGAAAAAAUCUAAUAUCGAACUGUUAGGAGCGAAACGGUAAUUAAGAAGCCAUCUGCUCAUUUGUUUAUUCGUAAUAGAGGGUAGUAACCCAUUAAUUUGUGCGUGUGUGUGUGUGUAACUCUUUGCUCCUUUUAAUUCAACCGUUGUUACAAGCAAAUMAACGAUUAAAAAGCUCAGUGAUUUCAAA